AUGGACCUGCUGCAAAUAUCGCUAAUAGCCUGUCUUUUUGCUGCUGUAUCUUCUGCAAACGCGCAGCCAUGCGCCCAAAAGAUUGGCCGUGCACCGAGCUACAUAGCCUGUGCUUGCAACACGACUUAUUGCGAUCAAAUCCCCAAUGUAACAACGCUGAAAAACGGGCAAUUCGCGGUCCUAGAAACAGACGAAGAUGGUAAACGGGGAGAGCUGAAACUUGGAAACAUUGGGGAAAAAUUGACCGUCAAAACAGGAAAUGGUAAGACACGCUUCUCAUUUUUUUCCCAUUUAUGCCUCAAUAAUACGACAUUGAUAAAAUGACAUUUUUAGAAAAGAUCAUUAUUCGGCUGGAUCCGAAAACAACUUAUCAAGAGAUCCUCGGCUUUGGUGCAGCCUUUACGGAUUCGGUUGGCGUGAAUUUGAGAUCCUUGUCAAAUGAACUGCAACAAAGCAUCUUGGAACAAUAUUUUGGCAAAAACGGUGAGUUAAAAUCCAAACUAACAGGGGAAGUACUCCAAGUGCGACGCUCAGAUUUUGAUGAAACUUGGCACAGAUUUAGAAUAAUGUUUUCUAAGAUAUAUGCGAGAAUCCUAGCUCGCGCUUUGCAGAAACAACCGAGAUUUUUAGAUCGAAAGUCGGCCAAAAUUUAGGACUUUUUGCCGAAUUUCGGCACGAAAAGUUUUAUGACUAUUUCAACCGUAAAGGAUAAUGUUUCUAAAAAAAUCAAAUUUUUCCGGGCGAAACUGUCAAAGUUAUGGGCUAAAAGCGUUUUUCUCUCUGACCGCUCUCCACGUUUAGCGUGCUCUCUCGGCGGCAAAAAUCGUUCGAUAUCUCGGCGACGCCCGCAAAGCGCGAGCUAAAACUUUCAGGAAUUGAUAUUUAAUCCCUACCCGACGUGUGUGCAAAAUGUAAAGAAAAUCUGAGCGUCGCACUUGGAGUACUUCCCCUGGAAAUAAAAUACAUGGUUCACUAGAAGAUCCCAUAAAAUUUAUUACAAAGGAAGGACUUAAAACGCAGCCCUCAUAUUUUGAAGAACCUUGGCACCACUUUUGGUGAUUUUGCUUACCAUAUGCGUGAUUCCUCGCCCGUGCUUUGCACAAACGGCCAAAAUUUUUUCGGUCGACGGCUGGCGAAAGAAUAAAUGGCUGUCGCGAAUCUUGCCAUUAAAAUUUCCAUUCUUGUUCCUACUUUUUUCAAAUAUUCCUCAUCUAACCGUAUUUUUAUAAACCUAAAGAAAUUUUCCCACCAAAUCCCGCAAAAGAAACUUUGUAACUCUCGGAUCGCUUUUCCAUUUUCUUUGUUUUCAAAUUCCUGGCAAACGCAGAGCAAACAUUACUGGAAUGGUACGGUCGUUCCAUCUCUAAACUUUGAUCUUGCUCACAUUGAACUCUUGAGGAAGUCGAACUGUGCUGUGAAGAGGGAUUAGGGUUUGCGGUUUUUGUCGUGUGAAGAGAUCCGAACGGGUAGUCGCGUGAAAAUGAUAUUGAGCUCAAGAGAUUGGAAGAUUUUACAAAAGACUUACAAGUGCCCCAGGUUUCUUUUCUUUGUUUUUUUGAAGUUGAUCACAAACCUCAGGCAUAAGCCACAAGUCUCAUCCUGAAAGGAUUAGCUUGCAGUUUGUCGAGAUAUUCAACGGUCUUACGGCCGAGAGAGCACCGCAUAUGUCUGUCAGAAAAAGUGAUAUAAAUUUAGGCCAAGUUUCAUCAAAAUCGCAGCGUCCACUUGUGCUGCCUUCUCUGUUUGAUGGAAAAAAGAAAAAGAUUGUAAUGUACAUAUUUACAUACUUUUUUGCGGCAAUUGUUACACAGCCAUAAAGGACGAAACAACAGGAAGACGAUAAUCUAUACCAAGCUUUUUGAAUAGUCUUAUCCAAAAUUGCAGACAAAUCAUUUUCUCGAUGGCUGUAGAACUCAGCAACCUCAGCCUGUCAACCUUAGAAAUAUUACAUCCAAUAUUCUAGGCAUUGGCUACACUCUCGGCAGAGUUCCAAUAGCUUCAACCGACUUUUCGUGGGGUGAAUAUUCCUAUCUUGACAAAGAGGAUGAUUUUGACCUCAGGACGUUUAAUCUGACAAAAGAAGAUUUCGAUUUGAAGAUUUCGUUCAUCAAAAGAGCCGAGCAAUUGCUUGGCCGUCCACUGAACUUGGUGGCGUCGCCAUGGUCAGCUCCCGCGUGGAUGAAGACGAAUGGGAAGAUGAUUCAUGGAGGACGUUUGAGUGGGAGAUGCCCAGGGAAGUAUUACGAAACUUGGGGGAAAUAUUACAUACGGUAAGUGGAUUUGUUGCAGUUGUCUUACAUAUAGUGUUUUAUUGUAGAUUCUUCGAAGAGUACCAUAAAAAUGGCCUUGAUUUUUGGGGACUAACGACUCUGAACGAACCCUCAAGCGGCAGGAUUCCAUUCUAUCCAUGGCAAAGCAUGUACAUGUCACCAGAGGAUCUUCGGUAACACAGUUGUCAAUUUUUCUCAUUUGUUUUGCAUAUUUCAGCUCAUUCAUCAACGUAUACCUCGGGCCGAACAUGAAAGCCAACCAGGUCACGAAAGAUGUCAAGAUCAUGGUAAACGACGACAAUGUGCAUAAUUUGCCAGACUAUGUGCAAAAUGUCUUCGAUGACUCGGAGACGGCCAAAUAUGUCGAUGGAAUCGCAAUUCACUGGUAUCACAAUGACUUCUCGAACUUGGAGCGUUUGCGUGAGACCAAUAAAAGAUGGCCAAACAAAUUUGUCUUGUCAACAGAGGUAGGAAAAAUACAAGCCAUAGGGGUUUAGCCUAUGUACGAUAAAUUUCGACGUAUUUGCAAAACUUUAAGCUAUGUUUUCAAAGACAAAUGUGAAAUGUCGCCAUAUCCCUAGCUCGCGCAUUGCUGAAACCACCAAGAUUUUUUUGGUCAAAAGUUGGAAAAAAGUGAAACAUUGCUUUGCGAGAUUUGAAAGGAAAAUUUUCGUUUCUAUUUCUGCCGUCGAAUAUAAUGUUUCCACAAAAAAUGAUUUUUUUCAUGGCGAAACUGCAAAAAUACGUUCAAAAAGUGUUUUUCUCCCUGAUCCCACUCCACUUUUCGCCUACUCUCUCGGCCGCAAAGAGCUAAUUUUUCAGGAAUUGAUUUGUACUCUAUGCCCAAAGUCCGCGCAAAAUUAAAAGAAAAUCUGAGCGUCUCAGUUGAGGUACUUCCCAUUCUAGCACACAGUCUGAGGACCACUUUAGCCCAAUCCAAAAAAAGAAGUUUUGUCACAAAAAUUUGAGAAAAUCAGAGCACCCUAAUCUAAAUGCCGUCCCCUGUAUAAUAGUGUAAAAUCUCUCCUUUUUAGGCCUGUGCCGGCGCAGAGCUCUUCGACAAAGGCCCAGUACUGGGAAUGUGGCAACGAGGAGUCAGAUACGUGAGGGAUAUUAUCGACACUUUGUCGAGGAACGCCAUCGGAUGGAUCGAUUGGAACUUGUGCCUGAACAUGGAGGGAGGACCAACCUUUGUUGACAACCGCGUCGACUCGCCAAUUCUCGUUGACGCAGAGAAGGGAGAGUAUUACAAGCAGCCAAUGUUCUAUGCAAUGGCCCAUUUUAGGUGAGAAAUUGAAAGGGCCAAGAGUUUUUUGAUCAUUUCUUUUUUUAUAAAGCCGUUUCUUUCAGUAAAUUUGUAACCCCCGGAUCUCAUCGUACCCAUCAUGACGUCGCUGGUCUGCCCGAAAAAAGCAAGCUUGGCUCCAUCGCAUUUACAACCCCGGAGGGCAAGCGAGUCUUAGUCUUGAACAAUGAAAACGAUUUCAAAGCCUUUGACAUCCAAAUCAAAGAUCCGGCUGGCUCAGAAAGUAUUUAUUACACCAUCGAGAGGAACAGUUUUGUUACGAUUGUGUGGAACAAGCAUUAA